CACCCACGCACAGGGAACCAUGGUGUACUAUAUAAAUGAAGCUGAUAGCUCUGACAAGUCCUCUUCAGCUGAAGCCACGACAUGCAUACCAUCAGCAUGAUCUUACCUGCGCUGCUUCUCUUCACUGCCGUCUCCCUUUGUGAGUCUGAUCCCACCUAUGAGCGCCACGAUCCGCAUUCCGGGGAGACCCUCCUCUGCACCAUGUGCCCACCUGGCACGCACAUGUCUGCGCACUGCACCGCCACCACGCCAACCAAGUGUGAGCCGUGCAGAAACAACCAUUACACCGAGCUGUGGAACUACCUAAGCAGGUGUCUGUACUGCAGCACCUUCUGCCUCGGAAACAUGGAGGUGGAGAAGGAGUGCACGAACGUCAGUGACCGGGUCUGCCGGUGCAAAGAGGGCUUCUACUGGACGCAUGACAUAUGUGUCAGACACACGGAGUGCGGGCCCGGACACGGCGUGAACACCAAAGGUACUUCACGUACAAACACAAAUUGUGCACGAUGCACAGAGGGCACCUUCUCCAACUCUUCCUCUGCACUGGAGACAUGUAUAAAUCAUCAGACGUGUGCCAGCGGACAGAUAGUGUUGGUGCCUGGUACUGUGUACCAUGACACGGUGUGCGGCACAUGCGAGGGACUUGAAAACGAAGGUGAGACGCUCAGGACAUUUUUCCAAGGUUUCCUCACCACGCACAAGAUGCCCAUCCCCAAAAUUAGGAAAUUUGUGUCCAGGUACAUUCUCAGGUCAGCAGAAGAGAGGCGGCCCCGGCACAGAAGUCAUCUCAUGGAUAACAUCCGAGCGUGGCUGGCAGAGGCCACACACGAACAGCUGAGGCAGCUGCCAGGGAUGCUCAGAGCUGUACAGCUCACCAGUCUGCUGGAAAAACUGGAGACAAGACUGAAUGAGAUAAAGCAGCAGAGUCCAAACUGCCAUUUAUCUCUCUGAUGCUUUACACAUUUUUUAACAAAGUCAAAGUGACAGACAGGCUACCUCUUUUGUUUAUUUGACACCUCGCUCAACUGAAAACAAGUAUUUCUGAAAUAAUUUAAUAGGAAUCUUAACUUUUUUUUGUUAAAUUAAAUUCAUUGGAAAACUUUCAAGAGAAUAAAUUAAGUUCUACCAAAAAUAAAGGGAUUGAAAAUA